AUUAAAUUAAAAGUUAUUUAUUGUUAUAAAUUUGUUUUUAGAAACACCAGAAAUAAUUUAGUUAACACACAAAAAAAUGCAGAUUUCUCUUCUUGUUAUUUUAAGAGAAAUCAAGUUCUUAAAUAAGCCGGGUUGAUAAAACGCGUGAAAAUGACGUUAAUCGUACGUGUAAAAUGUUGUAGUUUGGCCUAAUAACAAUUUCAAGCUUUCUUCGUAAAUAUUUUCUAACAUCAAACCGUAUAACUGGUUUUAUUCUCCUAUUUUUGGAACAGUAUUCUUUUUACUAAGAAACUAACGUUUAAGAACUGUUAACUCGCCAAAUACGCAUCCUUUACUUGGUAUCAUUUUAGAAACGGCACUUUUUGCUUCUUGUACGUCGUCAUGAAUGUACCGUUUUGUUUUUGCGUUAAUCGAUGAUGAGGCGAAGAAGAAUGGAGAUGGUGAAGAUAAAUAGCUUUUCAGUUAAUACGUUUAUAAUCUGUAUUUUCUAGGUCAAACCGGAUUCUUUUCGUUUUAAUUCAGCAUUGUUUUUGUGAAGGAAAAAAACCAGUUAGAGAUAACACAAAUGAUUGCGAAUUAGAUAAAUAAACAGAAACAUAAACUGUGUAAUAGAAAUCGUUAGAUAACUGCGAAAAGGAAGUUGAGUAUUUGCUAAUCGAGACAUUUGUUCCAUUUUCAUUAUUUUGUUACGUGAACGUUUGCAAAACGGGACGAUGAACUGAUACUUGCACGUGAAUUGAAUGAUUAAUUAAGAUUCGCAAAAAGUUAAUCGAAUUGAACAGUUACUUUUGCCAUCUUAUUUCUAUUAUUACACAAAAACGUUUUAGAAAUUGUAAAAAAUGCUUUUUCCUGGAACUCGUAAAGCUAAAAAAUUCUAGGCAUUAUUUGUUACGUUUCUGAGCUCACAUCGGUGAAAUAAGUCAUGUGUCUCGAUGAAUAAUAACUCAGUUUUUACAUUUUCCUUAAACAAACAACACUCUUAUCUUGAUUUUUACACUGCAGUUAACAAAAACAAUUACAUAUUCGAGAGUAUAUCAUGAAAACAUUUAGAAAGUGUAGUUUUAAAUUGUUUAAUUUGAGGAAAAUUAAACGAAAACGAAGAAAUGGUCAACCAUCAACACAACACUUAACUGAAAAGAUGUCGUCGGCGAUUUGUCAACAUUUCGUCCAAAACGCUUGGAAAAAAGAUUUAUGCUCAAACUGUUUUAAAUCGAAAGAUGAACACAAUCAAGAAUGCCCACCAAAAUUAAAAGCAACCCCAAUUAAAUUGAAGAAACCCAUCGAAAGCAUCAUAAAAACGAGCUCAAAUAAAUCAUUAAAACCAAAACGUUCAGUGGAAUUUACCAAAGAACUUGUAGAAAUUAUCGGUUUUGGUGGUGAAGAUUGUUUCUCUGAUGAAGAAAUCGACGAAGAUGGUGAAGAAACGAGUGAUGAUGAUGAUGAUUUUUUAAACGAUGAUAAGGAACUUGAGAAAUUAACAAAAAAUAACACAGAGUUUAAUGCAAAUUUACCACCGAUCACAAUUGAAAAUGGAAAUGAAACGAAGAAAAGUUAUACUCAUUUAUUGUUAGGAAGACCUCAAUUAGAUUCUGAAGGAAAAAAGCAAACCCUUUUAGUAUCUGUAACACCUUUUGGUCAAGGUGAAAAUUCAAGUAUAACAGGAAAUAAUCGGAAAUAUAAUAUUAAUAAUAAUAAAAAUGGUAUAUCACAUAUCCCCGUAGCUAAAAAUGUUGUUAAAGAUAAAGAAAUAAAAGAAAAAGAACCAACUAACGUUAUUUUAACAUCUUACACAACAAAAAGUUCAGAAAAGGAAAAAUCUCUUUUAGAUGAAAUAUCCGAAACGUUAGAAAAAAGCAAAAAUCCAAUUCAAAUUGUAAAUAACCGUAAAAAAAUCGAAACCGAAAUUCUAUUAAAACCAGAUUCGAUAACGAAUAAAGACAACGUUAAUAAAAAGCAGGAUGAUGAAGGAAUUUCUUUGAAUGAAGAGUCCGAUAAUGUUAAAGGUAAAUCUACGAUUUCUGAAAGAAAGAAUGGGUUAAGUCGGACGGCGAUUAUUAAAAAAGAUCAAGAAAAGCCGAUUAUUUAUCAAACUUCAACCGCUAAAAUUGAACUAAUGAACACAAAAAAUUUAAAUUCUAAUAAUAAAGACAAAAUUAAUAAAUUGGAUGUUAAUGGAAAAGAAAAAAUUCUUCUACAUAAAGAUAACGAGAAAAAUGAUUUAGAAAAAAGGGUUUCUUUGAAUGACAAUAAAAUUGAUGUUAAAAUGAGUAAGGAGAAUGUAAAAGAAAAAGUAGAAGUUAAAGAAGAUGAAGUGUCCGAUACGAGUUUAACAAGUACUGGGAGUUCAAGUAGCGAGGAAAAUUCUUUAAUAAUUGAAGAAAAUAAACAAAUUCCAGAAUUAAAAAUUCCAUCACAAAAUCGCGAACAACCCGAUGGUCGUGCUGAUCCCGAAGAAUCUGAACCUCCUGCUUUACCAUUAACACCACCCCCAACGUUUGAUUCAUCUCAUAACAGUUCGUUUUUACAUGGGCAAGUUAAAACAAGUACGAUUCAAGAUAAACCGAAAAUUCCUUGUAAACCGUCCACUAUUCUCAUAAGAAAACCGAUAAAUAACGUUCCAUCAAUUGAAAAUCAUCCACAACCGGUUGUUUUAACAACUUUUAUACCCAACACUGAAAAUAAAUCGGAAACUAAUUUAAACCAAAAUUUAGUUUCAACUAAUAAUUUAAUUAACGGAAAACCGAAAGUUGUUAAAUUAGAAAAACAAGAUUCUGGUAGUAAAAGAAAAGCUCCUAAACCACCGUUACCUGACGAUGAGAAAAUUGAUGAUAAAAAGGAUCGAUUUUCGAUGUUGAUUAAUAAUCAAAGGAUUAAAUCGCCGAAAUUAGAAGAUAUUUAUGCAAAUAGUUACCAAGGUUUACCCCCGGAACCGCUUCCAAGAAGAUCUUUAUCAUUAUCCUCCGAUAAUUUGUUGGCACAAAGUGAAGAGAAGAAAAAGCGAGCUCGAUUUUCGUUAAAAAAAUUUUUACGCAUGGGUUCAAACAAAGAUUUAAAUAAAACACCGGCUCAAAAUGAUUUGCAACAACAAAAAAUUAAUUUAACAAUACCAGAAGAUUUCGGACCAGCCCCUCAAAUAAAACCAAGAUUAGUUAUUGUUCAUCCAUCGGAAUUAAAUGGUGAUAAAGUUGAGGUUGUUUCAAAAACACCAUUGCCAUCGUUUCAAGACGUUCCAGAUUAUUCAAAUUUGAAUCAAUUAAAUAAAUCGGUUAUAAAACCAGCUCCGCCACCAAGAAAUUACGAAGAUUACACACCAAAACCGAAUCUUCCGCAUCCCCCGAAAUCACAACAUGUUAUAAAUAAACAAAAAGAAUAUUCAAAGAUAUUAAAUUCAAAAAAAGUCGAAACUGUUUAUGCAAAUAUUGGUGAGGUUAGAUCGGCUUUAACACCGAAUAAACCCCAUCGAACUGCGAGUAUGCGAGAAAGAGAAGCUCAACAACAAAAAAGAGCUAAUAAUAAUAAUAAUAAUAAUGGUUAUGAAAAUGUGAAUGUUAAAAAUUUAAACUCCAAUUCAAACUCGAACGAAAAUUAUUACGAUUAUGUUAAUAAUCGAUCGAGUUCGCCCGAAUGUGAUUCAAAAACUAACGGGAAUAGAAGAGAACUUAAUGGGUUAAGUCAAAAAUCGGAAAGCAAUAUUGAUAUUUCUUCAGAAAAUUAUUAUAAUAAUAAUAAAUAUCAAAAUUGCGGGAUUAUUCCAAGAUCGCUGUCUUUAACUUAUUGCGGAAGUGAAACCGAAUCGGAAAUUUAUUCACCUUAUAGUUUUUGUGGAAGCGAAUCUGAGAUUGCCGAAGAUGAAAAUGACCAUCAAUGGGGUACAACGAACGGAAAAAUUCACAAAUUACGUUCGAAAAAAGGUCGAAGUAUCGUUCAUAAAAACCUCGAAGAUAAUUACGGAGCCGUAAUUGUAGCGAAUCAUGAAGCUUUAGCGCAAGUUUUAGAAAAUAUUCAACAAAAUGCACCAAUCCAACCGGCUUUACGAGGUUUAAAAUCUCUUCCGAGUCUUCGUUGGACCGAUUUUACGAUUAAAAAUAGCGCCCAAUCUGUUAUAAUCGGCCCGAGGGCUUUUCAUCAAGCUAUUUGGGGGUCUCAACAUGUAACUCUCGUCAUUUCAACCGGAACGGCAUCAACGACUACUUUAUCCUUGGGCGUUUAUGCUUUAAUGCCCGUGACGGAAUUUAGCGAUUUAAUUCCGGUUCAAUAUUUACCAGAAAAACCUGGUGAUGCAAGUAUUAAACAACUUCAAGCUUCUGUGGCAAUACUUCCUUGGAUGCAAGUUCAUACAAUUGAAAGUUAUGGGGAUUUAUUAAAAUCAAAGUCGAGUCAAGGUAUUGAUGAUCAUGGGAAAGAUGCAAGUUUUAUUCUUUUGCAAUUGGUGAAUUCAUUAAAAGUUUUGCAAGCUCAAGGAAUUGAAGAGCUUCCUUCAUCUUUAUCAACUUUCGUGCUUUGCCGCGAAGUGGAUAAAGAUACUCACUAUCGGAUUUAUGUUCUUCAAGGACUAGGAGAGGAUGCAAUUCGAAAAAAUGAUGAUGAUACAUUCAUAACAUUAUGCCAAUGUGCCUCAAAUGCUAUGUUAAAACUUCAAAUUCCCGCGAAAAUUGCGUCUUUAAUCCAAAAUUUAUUAAAAAACGAACGAGCUGUUUCAUUGACACAAACGAAAUCGGUGUUGGAGUUUUCUUUAUGGGGGCCUUCUGAUGUUGCGUUGAGUAAUAGCAUUAAAGAGCGUGAGCAGGCGUUACAGAGGUGGUUGGAUUUACAACGGGCAACCGUUUUACAUGGUUUAGUUUGCACAAAAGUCCAAUUGAAUGUGUAUGAAGAGUGCCAUUUGUUGUUUUUGGUAAGAAGUACGGCCAGGAUGAUGUCUGAUGCUUCUUUGUUGUUGGAAUCAAGUAAUAAACAAAAUGGGGGGAAUCUAAAUGGUAUUAAAUCAUAAUUAAAUAAAGACUAUUUUUUAUUAUGAUUAACGAUGAAACUAACAUAAAAAAUAUUGAUUUAAAAAUGUAUUAAUUUGACAUAUUUGUUGCCAAAUUCAUUAAUUUUCUUUGUAAAAUGUAUUGCCAUAGAACUUACAAUUAUAUUAACUAAUUAUAACUUAAUUGUAAAUAGAAAUAAUUUAUUAUUUAGUUAUUUACUCGAUUAAGUAAAUAUAUAUUUGGUUGUUUUUUUGCUAUAUUAUUUUGUAUGUAUAAAAUAAACA